CGAGCUGCGCGCGGGCAUGGAGGAGCCGGAGUCGGAGCUGAUCCGCCUGAAGUGUGUCCGCAAGGAAGGCUACUUCACGGUGCCCCCGGAACACAGGCUGGGGCGAUGCCGGAGCGUGAAGGAGUUUGAGAAGUUGAACCGCAUUGGGGAAGGCACCUAUGGCAUCGUGUAUCGGGCCCGGGACACCCAGACCAACGAGAUUGUUGCCCUGAAGAAAGUGAGGAUGGACAAGGAGAAGGACGGGGUUCCCAUCAGCAGUCUGCGUGAGAUCACACUGCUCCUCCGUCUGCGACACCCCAACAUUGUGGAGCUGAAGGAGGUGGUCGUGGGAAACCACCUGGAGAGCAUCUUCCUGGUGAUGGGUUACUGCGAGCAGGACCUGGCCAGCCUGCUGGAGAACAUGCCGACGCCCUUCUCUGAGGCGCAGGUGAAGUGCAUUGCCCUGCAGGUGCUCCGCGGUCUGCAGUACCUGCACCGGAACUUCAUCAUCCACAGGGACCUGAAGGUCUCCAACCUGCUCAUGACGGACAAGGGCUGCGUGAAGACUGCUGACUUUGGCCUGGCCAGGGCCUACGGCACUCCUGUGAAACCAAUGACCCCCAAGGUGGUCACCCUGUGGUACCGAGCUCCAGAGCUGCUGCUGGGCACUGCCACACAGACCACCAGCAUCGACAUGUGGGCGGUGGGCUGCAUCCUAGCCGAGCUCCUGGCCCACAGACCACUUCUCCCAGGCACUUCUGAGCUCCACCAGGUGGACCUGAUUGUGCAGCUGCUGGGAACACCCAGUGAGAACAUCUGGCCGGGCUUCUCUAAGCUCCCACUGGCCAGCCAGUACAGCCUGCGGAAGCAGCCCUACAACAACCUGAAGCACAGGUUCCCCUGGCUUUCCGAGGCUGGCCUGCGCCUGCUGCACCUCCUCUUCAUGUACGACCCCAAGAAAAGGGCCACGGCGGGGGACUGCCUGGAGAGCUCGUACUUCAAGGAGAAGCCCCUGCCCUGUGAGCCGGAGCUCAUGCCCACCUUCCCCCACCACCGGAACAAGCGGGCUGCCCCCGCCCCUGCCUCCGGGACUGAAGCCCAGAGCAAGCGCUGCAGACCUUGAUGUGGGCACCAAGGGGACAGUGCCGAGAGGCCGGCAGCCCUGCCGUCCCCUCCCAGCGCCACCCAAGGAAGGCU